UUUUGAUUGAUUUCCUUGUAAUUGUUUUGGGUGCCGGACAAGAGAUAAGUUUGAGAUCCGGCGAAGCGUUGCAAAUUGUCAGAUCAGUAUACUCCCGAACAAAUAUAGGUCAUGAAGCGUUUCAGGCCUGGUUAGAGCAAUUCAACGAUCUCAUUCUGAGCUCAUCCAUCGGAAGACAAGCAGACUUCCACGCAAUUUUGGCUGAUGUCGAAAAUCGAAAAGCUAAUUUCGGAAACUUUGCACAGCUUAUCACGCUACUAAAGGCAUGGAAAGACCAGACGGAGGGAGGCGUGAUUAGUAAAUAAAGAGAUAACUACCGUUCAAUAUAGCUUAGAUAAGACAACUUUGAGAAUGUAAUAAAGUGCAAAUCUAUAAAUUGAGCUAAGCGAGAUUUGUUUUUCCAUUGUGUCGAAACUAGUCCAGGUGAAGUGAGGUCUUGAAAUGUUGAAAAUCUGUGUGCCAUUGGCACUGCUUGCGGUUGCUUCAUUGGCAUGGCCGGUGGAUCAAAGUGUUCGUGCGUUCGAUACUUACCGCCUUCCGAAUCAAACCGUACCAACGCACUAUGAUCUGUAUCUGGAUACAAAUUUGCAUCUGGCGGAUUUAGACUACAGUGGUAAUGUGAAAAUUAGAAUCCAAGUGCUUGAGAGUACAUCUCAGAUCGUACUGCACAGCAAGCGUAGUGAAAUUGUGAGAUUAGAAUUGCGCAACAGCAAUCAGUUGGCGAUUAGUUUAAAGAGUUUUGAGAUGGAUGCGGAUAAAGAUUUCUUGAUUGUUAACACCAAGGAGACUUUGCCGGCGGGAUCUACAUACGUUCUGGACAUAGACUUUACCAACAGUCUUGAUCGUACCGAUGCCGCUGGAUUCUAUCGAUCGUCUUAUGUCAACGCAGAAGGAGUUACCAAGUUUCUUGGAGUGACUCAGUUCGAGUCUACCGACGCCCGAUCGGCUUUCCCUUGCUUCGAUGAACCUGGAAUCAAGACAACUUACAGUGUACAGAUCGCUUGCGGUUUGGAUUACAACGCAAGAUCCAACGCUCCGGCCUUAGGAAUUCAGCUUUUUACCAGCAGGCAAGAAGCUCACUACGUUCCAAACGACUCCACGAAUGCAAACCUACCUGUUGGCGUUCCUGGUUUCCGACUUCAUCAGCGAACGGCAAGUCGUGUUCCAGCCUCAUCAGAUUGCCGUCUCGACGUUUGCUCGACCAACUGCCAGCCAUCAGCUGACGUACUCCGUAGACGCUUCGGUACGAUUCCUGCGGGAGCUGGAAUCUACUUCGAUCAACGGUGCCAUGGGAAAAACUGGGGACUGGUCACGUAUCGUGAAUCGACCAUUCUGCUCGACCCGGAAAGCCAGGGCGAAAGCCAACAGCUACAGGUGGUAGGAAUCGUGGGACACGAAUAUACCCAUCAAUUCUUUGGAAACCUAUUGGCACCGCAGUGGUGGUCGUAUCUGUGGCUGAACGAAGGCUUCGCUCGUCUAUACCAGUACUACGUAUCGGAAUUCAGUCACCCGGAGCUGAAAAUGCGCGAUCGCUUCGCCUCUGUUCGGGAAUCGGCUUUGAACUUGGAUGCCAGCGCAACGGUUCGGCCAAUGACGUACUACGUGGAAACUCCAGGGGAAAUUAGCAGGCUGUUUGACAAUAUUGCAUACGCCAAUAAUCCUGCUUAA